AUGAAAUCUGCAAGGAAGCUUUUCGCAGUGCUGGCUAUCGCUCUCGAAGCUAAUGCUGCUUUCACAUUCAAUGAAACAGCUAUAAAAUCGGAUCGUCGUCAAGAUCCAGAGCGGCCACUCGCACACUUGACCCCCAGUGUAGGAUGGAUGAACGAUCCUAACGGACUGUUCUACGAUAAUGAGACCUCAACGUAUCAUACGUAUUUCCAAUACCAGCCCAACGACACUGUGGCAGGGUUGCCAUUGUUUUGGGGCCACGCCUCGUCUGACAAUUUGAUCACUUGGGAACACCACGAUAUCGCUAUCGAGCCACGCGAUGACUACUCCGGUGCGUUCUCUGGAUCGAUGGUGGUGGACCAUAAUAACACUUCGGGCUUUUUCAACGACUCGACUCUGCCAGGCCAAAGAGUCGUGGCUAUCUACACUGAGCACAGCAAUGUGAGCCAGAGCCAAUUCGCAGCCUACUCGCUCGACGGCGGAUAUAGCUUCAAAUACUACGAGCAUAACCCUGUGCUUGACAUCAACUCCACCCAGUUCAGAGACCCCAAGGUCUUCUGGCACGACGAGACCGAGCGCUGGAUUAUGGUCCUGGCGUUGUCGCAGGAAUAUAAGAUCCAGAUCUACUCUUCCGAAAAUCUGACUUCGUGGGAAUUCCAAUCCAACUUCUCCCACCAUGGUGUUCUUGGCUUCCAAUAUGAAUGCCCAGGUCUUGCGAAGAUACCGGUCAUUCACGAAAGCCCAUCCAACGUUACUCUGCACGGGAUGAACUCCACCACCAACGCCACUGCCCAUAACAAUGCCAGCUCAGUGGACCACAAAUGGGUCAUGUUCCUAAGUAUAAAUCCCGGCGCUCUUACGGGCGGUUCAUUCAAUGAAUAUUUCAUUGGUGAUUUCGACGGUAAAACAUUCACUGCCCAGGAUGCAGCAACUCGUGUCUUGGACCACGGAAAGGACUUUUAUGCAUUCCAGACCUAUUCUGACACUCCCAACGACGACUUAUUGGGCAUUGCUUGGGCUUCCAACUGGGACUAUGGCUUUUACGUGCCAGCUGAUGACUACAGAGGAUCAAUGUCCUUGGUUCGCAACCUCACAUUGCGGCCUUACAAUCCCAACCCGGAGACUACUGAGUACACGUUGUACAGCGAGCCUCUCGUCAACUACACCCAGCUGCAUACCAAUCAGUCGAUGCACAAAACCUCUUUGAAGCUGAAUUCCGAAGAGUCUCAAAUUUACCGUUUGGGUAAAUAUCCUGACGGCCUCUUGGAGUUUUCUCUUGAAUGGAAGGUCAAUGCAAGUGCUGUUGCCUCGAACCACGUUUUCGCUGAUAUGUCUUUGUACUUCAGAGGUGUCGAGGAUGAUGAAGAGUAUUUGAGAUUGGGCUACGCACAAAAUGCGGCUGCCUUUUUCCUUGACAGAGGUAACACGGAUGUCGAUUUCGUCAACGAUAAUCCAUUCUUCAACAACAGAAUUUCACAGAACAUCGAAACAUACAGAUUCGCGGAAGACGGUCUUCCUGUCUUUAAAGUUCGGGGUUUCAUCGACAGAAAUAUCAUCGAGUUGUUUUUCAACGACGGUUCGUCCACUUCGACUAACCUCUUUUUCCUAACGGAGGAGAACUACAUAGGCUCUGUGGAAAUUUCAAGCGGGGUUGACGACGUCUUCACUAUUCUGGACUUUGAAGUGAAACAACUAAGUCUAAAAGAUUGA